UCUGAUUCUCUCUGUGGAAAGAAGAAAGCAAUGAAGAAGAUGAAUAUGAUACUGAGGAAGUGCAAGAGCCUGUCAAGGCAACUGGGGAGAUCUUCAUCAUAUAGCAGCCUAAGAUCCAAAUCCGCAAGGGGAGAUUUAUGGGAAGAUCAUCACCAUCAUCACCAUCAUCAUCAUCAUCAUGAAACUAUAUUUGUGGGAAGCACCAGAAAGCGGUACGUGAUUAGCUCCAACCACCUAAGACAUCCUCUUAUAUGUGCUCUCAUCGACAGGACAAACCAGAAGGCAGGGGACGAUGAUGUCUUGGUUGUCAACUGUGAGGUGGUUCUCUUCGACCAUCUCUUGUGGAUGCUUGAGAAUGUCGACCCAAAUCUUGGCUCAGAGUCCUUACAGGAACUGGCUGACCUUUAUGUUUCUUGAGAUCUUCUUCAAUAUCCAAUUAUGUUAUUCUUCUUAUAUUCCUUUCAUUUCUGUCGACCCAACUCGUUGGGAUUCAUGGACCAACUGCUCAUUCAACGAAUUACCUGAAAUGGGUGUAUUCAUGGGUUUUUGAUGUUUUAUGUCAUCAUUCUUUAUCCUUGCAUAUAAAGUAAUAAUAAAGUUUC